ACAACACCCACGGCUAUAUGUUAGCGUGAGUAUUCAGCUGGCGUGUCGAAGUUUUACAAUAUUCAACAGAACACAACAUCGUGCCUCUCGAUUUGCGGUGACAGGAGAAAAAAGUAGUGCAAGGAUCAUAGCUGAAGUGAGAUGGAGGGUGAAAGUCCAGCCGAACUUCCAGUAAAGCACGAAACCCAGGUGAAGGGUCCCCCUGGUCAGCCUGUAACAUCUCAUCAACAGAUGGCUCCCGGCCAGCCAAUCAUGUACCAGAUGCCACCCGGACAACAACCGGUUUUUGUGCAAAUGCCUGCUGGUCACCCAGCAACAACACCAGAUGGGCAGCCUAUUCAGUAUUACUAUGGUCAACAACCAGUUCAGCCAGGUCAAUUAAUGCAACCGGUUCGACCGGUUAAUGUCCCAAGCCAACCUGAUCAACCUGUAUAUUCUCAACCACAGGCUGGACAGGGUCUAGACCUUACGAUCGAUACCAAUUUCCUCAAGUCCCCUCUCUGCUACAUUAAGAUAGUGGAAUUUGUUGUUCUCCUAGGGGCCUGGGCAAGUAUCGUGAAGUACUCUGGUGAUCUUGGCGUUCCAGAUGCAGACGAAAAAGCCAACUUCUUCAAGGGUAUUACCAUUUUUUGCUGGCUGAUGGUGAUAUUUUACAUGAUCAUUCAUAUUUUCGGCUUUACCAAACUUUGUAGUUGUGGUCGAGAGUCUAGGCUUACAUUGGUGGUAAGUUAUGAUUCAUUUAAAGCUUUGAUCAUUGGAUUUGUCUUGUUUUCGUUGAUAAUUGCUUGCUGUGGGAAUCUGACUCCUGAGGUUGUCAGAUUUGGAAAGGAUUACAAAAAUGGGAGUACAGAUGACAAGUCCAAUGUACUAGCUCUGUUUAUAGGACUGGGGUUUGGAUUCUUAUCGUGUGGGGCAUUUGGCGUGGAUAUGGUGUUGCACUACAAGCUGUUUCAGACGCAACGAGCUCAAGAGACACCCACUGAACAAUCGCAGGGACCUCCCCAAAGACGAGCUUGGGAUAUCAAUAACGACUUCUUGAAUUCUACGACGUUCAAAGUAAAAUUAGUGGAAAUUAUGUUCCUGUUCGCGGCAUGGGUGUGCAUUGUCAUAUACUUUGACAUGGAUAUUUACUGGAUUACGACUGAGGAUUCAGAGGCCGAUUUUUUUAAGGGAGUCACCAUCUUUUCCUGGGUGAUGGCUGUUCUUUUGACUCUGACAUUUGUGUUGAGCUUUGAUAAGCUAUGUGGCCUCUCUUCCCGAUGGACAUUGACAACUUUAUGUGUUUACCUCCUUGUCGCCAUUUUGUUGAUCGCUUGCUGCGGAAACCUAACUAAGCCUGUCAUCGACUGGGCAAAGACUUUCAAAUAUGUGAGCACGAAUAACAGGGCUAAUAUAUUAGCUCUGAUUAUAGCAGUGCCGCUGGGGUACAUCUCGUGGAUAAUUGUGAUUGUAGAUAUCAUCCUUAUGUGCAAGUUGUACCAGCAGCAAAGAGCGCAGGAGGCUGGCUCCUCGGCACAGUCGGGUGUCGUCCAACAUCCUGCCGUCGUGAUUGUCCCACAAGGCGCUAAACAAGUUCCUUAUCAACCAGCUGCAUAUCCAGGACAACAGCCCGUCCAAUAUCCGGAACAACAACCCGUCCAAUAUCAGGGACAACAGCCCGUCCAGUAUCCGGGACAACAGCCCGUUCAGUAUCCGGGACAACAGCCCGUCCAGUAUCCGGGACAUCAGCCCGUCCAGUAUCCGGGACAACACCCUGUGAUGGCAGGAGUUCCUGCCUACGGUUUGCAAGCACAGAAUGGAGAAAAUCAAAAAUGAAAUGUAACAACGUGCUUUGUAAAGCGAAGUCUUCUUUAAUAUGCGCAGAGCAAUUUUGCAAAAUUUAGAACUAAGGUGACUGAUUUUGGCGUAGUGACGAGACAAGGGUCGCUUUUAGUUAAGUCUUCGAUUGCCGUUUGGUUUGCUGAUAUAGUAUCACAACUCGAGAUGAUAUGCUUUGUAGAAAAAGCGCAAAUAAGUUAGGUCACUGCGGAGAAAAAUUAUUUGUGUUCGCCGGGGAAUCUCAUUUCCCUAUUGUGGUCAGUGAUAAAGAAAAGCAAAAAUGUCAAGGAAAAUAUUAUGUGGUUAUUUAACAAUGUCUGCGUGCUGUCUUAAGGAAUACUAAUAUUUGGCAGUAUAUUGAGCCACAACUAAGCUAGGUAGGAUUUAUAAACAUGUAUUAUGCUUUUAAACAGAGUAUUAAAUAUCGACGGUAAUUUUA